UGGGCGUGGUCUGUUAGGACGUACACGUUUCUUCAUGUCUUACCCGAAAACAGCCAUUGAAGCGCUCAAAGUCACCUUUGCCUUCGUACAUGAGGUGGCAACGAGCCCCAAAUGGCGUAAAAUCAUCCACCAGCUCGCUCAAAUUCUUCAAUUCCUCGUCCCAACUCGCGUUUAUUUGGCAACACAGCAGGGCGACGACGGCGAAAACUGUCGCCAUGGCAACAGCGCACCGGUAACCGCCCUUCAUUUUGGGUCCUGAAAAGUUCGCGCGACGACAACGAGAAAUUUCUGACAAGCGCAAGUGGAAACGUCACGAAAAGCAUAAUCUGUGUUGCCUGAAAGGAAAGAAACAAACUGGAAUUUAAAAAAAAAGCGUGUCCCGCCUUCACCGUCACAGUAGCAGAGGAAAUGUCCGACGCAACGCAGCAGCUGGCUGGCAGCACCGCCGCCACGGGUGACAACAAACCCUUCGCGGCCCAGUUGUCCAACGUCUACCUCAGCAUCUUGGCGCUGUUCUGCUUCAAGCUCUUCGUCAAGAUCUCCCUCAACCUGCUCACCUACUUCUACAUCGUCCGCGGCAACCGCAAGGAGGCGGCCAGGAUAUCGGCCGAGUUUUACGACUACACCCAGCAGCGCGCUUCCUGGACGGACCGCUCGCCGCUCCACGACGCCGCCAGUCAGGGUCGCCUCCUUGCCCUCAGGACUCUCAUUGUGCAGGGCCACAACGUAAACAGCGUGACCCUCGACCAGGUGACUCCUCUCCACGAAGCCUGCCUCGGAGACCACCCACCCUGCGCCAGAGCCCUCGUCGACGCCGGCGCCGACGUCAACGCCUCAACGGUUGACGGCGCCACGCCCUUGCUGAACGCUUGCGCGGUGGGCAGCGUGGCAUGCACCGAAGUCCUGCUGGAAAAUGGCGCCAGAGCUCAGAGCCUCGCGCACCAGCCGUCACCCAUCCACGAGGCCACCAGCAGAGGUCAUUCCGGUUGCGUGGAGGUUCUGCUGACAUGGGGUGCGGAUGUGGACAUGGACGUCCCUCACUUUGGCACGCCGCUCUACACGGCCUGCGCCUGUCAGGAGUUGGAAUGCGCCAGGAAGCUCCUGAGGGAAGGCGCUAACGUCCAGAAAGGCAAAUCCCUGGAGUCGCCUUUGCACGCGGCGGCAGAGAAAGACUGCACAGCGGUGGUGAAGCUGCUGCUGGACUUUGGCGCCGACAUCAACGCCCGGAACGGCGAGUGUCGGAGGCCGGUGGACGUGGCCCCGCCCGGCACCUUGACAGAAGGCUUCCUGCUCCUCUACGAAGCCACACCGCGACUGCUGAGUCAGCUGUGUCGCCAGUGUAUCAGGAAGUGCGUCGGCCGGGACCGACUGCACCUGCUGAGCCAUCUGCCCCUGCCUGGCCGGAUCAGGAACUUCCUGCAGUACCAGUGACAAUGACCGCCUGGCAAAAGUGACUUUUUAAUUGCUUUUAUACAAAUAGCCACCCAAGUUCAAUCUUUUUUCAGCUGCCUGUUUUCCAUAAUGUGUCUGGGAGUGAGCCAAUACCUAACACAUCCUACAUUAUGAAUGUUCACAGGGAUGGCUGGUGGUUCAGGGGAUAGCCUCUAUAAAUAUCUGGAAGAAAAUGCACUUUGAAAACAUGUUAUUGUAUUUUUUUGAAUUCUAUUUUUGCAUUGUACACUGUUACAAACUCAAUAAAAUCCUUUAUUUUAUAUUAGCCGUCUAUUGUAGUGGGGCCUCAUGCUUCUAACUGGACUGGUUUUCAACCAAUUCCUUAAAAGUAAAAAUUUUUGAGUGAAGAAAUCGUUUCAACGCACACUGAUUUUUUUUUUCUAUCGUAGCCACAUGUCUGACGUUUGUAACAAAAUAAACCGCU